AGUUUAAGACCACCUGCCCCGGAAGGUGGAACUUCUUCGUAGAGAAAAUCGCUCAACGGUGAUCGCGGAUUUAAUUCGAUCGCCUGGCUUGGCGCGCUGAGAACAGCCGAGAGGAUUGUUGUAGCCUGACAAAAAAAAUGGAUCGUGUUAAAAAAAAGAGGAAGAAGACAGGCGGUGAAAAGAAAGUGCUGCUAUCCAUCGUCGAUCCUUGGGACGUGAAGGUGGCCAGUGUCGAUCCGAUCGGACUGGCCGAACGACGGGGCGUCUCCCUGACCGUCUUACCCUCUAAUCAGGACGAGGGUGCCAGCCAGGAGUGGCCGACCUUAAGCAGAUCCCUCAAGAUACCGUCACCCUGGUACAAACCUGGUACCGGCUCUUUCGAUCACGUUAAUUCUACCAAAUCCGAGGAAUCGACAUUAAUAGAUCCAAUCUGGUUGGAUCCUUGGUACUCGCCGCGAAGCAGGGCUCCUCCGUCGCCGAAUCCGUCCAAGGAAAAAUUACGAAGUAACAAGCAGAGAACCGGCGAGACAAGGCACGACGACGAGGCGGGCGAGGUCGACAAUGGAUUAAUCAAGGCUCCGCAGGAAAUUAGCCGCGACGGUUUCGAUGAUGAUGUGGACGGUACAGCGGCGGUGCGAGUGCGUUUCGAGAUCGACGGAGCGGAGCCGAAGCGGAAUGGAGUGCGAUGUGAGAACGCGCGGGAUAUCAACGGUGCGCCGCGAGUGUUGACGAAAAAUCAAAGCGCGAACGAUAAUUCGAGGCUCGAACGACGCGAACGGCGGCCGAUCGCGAAGCAGAAUCGCGAGAACGGAGUGAAUGCGGUGAAGAGGCGGGAGAGUCCUCCGCGGCAAACAUACCGUGGUGUGGAAGUCAGUAGGAACGAGAAAGAUGCGAAUGACGAACAAGGCUAUUCUCGGAUAAUCGGAGAGAAGCCAGCGAUCGUCGACAUCGUUCAGUGCUUGGUGAAGUCCAGGUACAUUCCGCAGACCGCGACAGAUACUAAAAAGGAGAAGAAAGAGAAAAGGAUGCCAUCAUGUCGUCACGAAACUUCGAAGGAAAUAGAUCUAGUGGACUUUCCAGGCAAACCGAGUGAUAAUGUCAACGUCGUUGUUAACGCAACCAAGCAAGAGAAUAAUCAAGAAACCGACAACGACACGAAGACGGUGAAAGUAUUGCCGGAAGUAACAGCGCUACGCGCGACGAACAUACGUAAGACCAGCAUAUCUAUGCCCAGCAAACUCAACGAGAUGGACGAUCUUCGGAUAGACAGGCAAAACGGUACCGCCUCGAAAUUUACGAGAGAGGAGAGCGAAACCAGCAGCAGCGUAACUUUCAGCAACAGCGGCUCAACGCCAAAUGGAAGUCCUCUAGGAUCCGAAACUGAGGAGGAAGCGAAUGACGAAGAGUUAGCCAAAGUACCGCUGCAAGCUCCACCACGAAGAAAAGGCAGAAUCGUGUCGUCUUCGGUCAGUGAAAAAAUGGGAAAUGAUGCUACGGAACUUUCGGGCGUGCAAAGCGCGACUUCUACGAUAACCAGCGUGAACAGCAUCAGCAGUCUUCUGAAGGAGAAGUUGCAAUUAUCGUUACCGCAGGCGUUGCGUAGCAGUGCGAGACGUCAAAAUGCUGAUUACAGGCUCAAAGCAUUUGUCGGUAUCCUAUUUCUCUGCAUCGUCUUUCUCGUGGGAUUCGCUCACAUUUAUUACACUCAACACGUUCUACAACGAGCUUAUUUUGAUAAAUUUAGAUUCAAUAAAAAUGAAAGGGUAAUGAGAGUCUACAGCAGCACCGGGGCGGAAAUCGUCGCCGCUCGACUCGGCGAGGGUAUUCCACCGAACACGGGGGUGUACCCUUGCCUUCCUCAUCAUCUGCGGCAGGACUCGGUCUGCCUCGAAUGGCUGCAGCAGACGCGGCUUUACCUCGCGGAGACGAAGCGCGAAGGUAUGCAUUGUUACCAUGUUACUUGGCAGAGCUUGAGUCCCUAUUACAAUCCUAAAGAUUGCUUCGACUGGUCCUCGAAGAGAGGCCAUUGGUACGGCGCCGGUCAGAUUCAGAACAUGGCAUAUCCCCUGGAACGCGGCCGCCUGGAGCUGAGUCCCUUUAUCACUGGCGACGUAAGAAAACAUUCUUUCGGCAACGUGCUGAAGAGAUACUUCCUGAAUUCGAAGGGAGCUACGAUUCUAGUAGACCCUGAGACGCCGCUUUAUGUCUCCAUCAACGCCAAUCGUACCACUGAUUUCUGCCUGCAAGCUAAACACGAUGCUUUCGCUUAUAUCAAUCACUUGACGCCGCUACCUCAGCUUAAUUACACUAUCUGCGCAACCGACAACAUGAAGAGUUUGCACUCCUCGAUGGCGGAGAAGUCUCUGUGGGAUGGUCUGAAGCCUGAAGAACUGCACGCCGUUCAUUCUUUACUGUCCGAACCGGUCUGGCAAAUUUCACCUAUUAACGAAGCUGCCAUUUAUAAUUACACGGAGGAUGUGAUCGCGCUAGGAUUCCUGCGCCAAGGACACGUCCUACUGAGCGAAGAAUGGCAGCCUAGUCCAGGUGAUUUCGUCCUAGAUGAGGAACGAUUCCCUUCUAUGGAAGAAACUAUCAAUAUCAUUCAUCGCAGAGGAUUUAGAAUAGUCUUCAGCAUCCAGCCGUUCAUCUCUACGGAAUCCAUCAACUUUAAGGACGCUGUGGCUAAUAGAUUACUAAUUUCCGAGAGAGGAAGCGAUCCUAGAAUUCCGGCAUUGACAAGAUACAAGCAAAGUAACAGUGCCGGCGUGCUCGACAUCACAAACAACAAAACCUUGCCCUGGUUGCAGACAAAGCUCGAGAGUUUAAUUAUGAAAUAUCACGUGGACUCGUUCUACCUCGACCUAGGUACCGCCCAGGAUAUGCCGCAUUAUUACAAGUGCGAGGAGCCUCUGACCAAUCCCGAUCAUUACAAGACCAUCUUCACUCGCUCGAUAUUAGGCACCAUACCCGUGAUCGGCGUUUCGAGCGCCAUUUCCAGGCCACGGGCGCCUGUCUUUGUGUCCCUGCCUCCCUUCCCAUCGUCUUGGAAGGCCAUCACGACCGUCAUUCCCACCGUCCUCACUUAUGGCAUGAUCGGCUACCCGUUCAUCAUGCCAGGAGCGGUGGGCGGCGAUGUGGCGCUUCCAAUGUCUGACAACAAUCCAGAUAACGACUUCGAGGUAGAUCUUCCAGACAAGGAGCUCUACACCCGCUGGCUGCAGCUGUCUACCUUUUUGCCCGUGAUCCGCUUCACCCAUCUGCCAAGCAAAUACUCAGAUGAGUCAGUCCUGGAGAUCGCUAAGAGGUUGACUACCCUGCGACAGAAGACGGUUACGCCGUUACUGAAGAAGUACGCGAACGAGACUCUGAAUACCGGUCUGCCCAUUAUCAGGCCACUCUGGAUGUUGGAUCCGGCUGAUCCAGCAUGUCACGUAGUGGUCGAUGAAUUUUCCGUGGGCGAGGAGUUGAUCGUGGCGCCGGUACUCUAUUCUGGUAGCAGACAGAGGGAAGUCUACCUGCCGGCUGGGGUCUGGAGGGACGGUAUCGACGGGAGCCUGAGGAAAGGCUCGAGAUGGAUUCACAAUUACAGGGUAGCCGAGGACAAGGUCGCAUAUUUCGUCAAGAUGCCGGACAACACGAGAUUCUGAGGGAUGCGAUAUUGCUUCGCCGUUUUACGUCACGCGUUGUGCCAAAGUCUUGCUAGAGAAUCUCAAGAUCAAUAGCUGAAACGGACGAUCAUUUGGAUGUGAUCGCUUCGUGCGACGAACGUGUCAAACGUGUCGUACAAUCAAUACUAUACGAAUAUCGACUGCUUAGCUACAUAUUUUUAUUGAUACAACCUUGAUUCUUCAAUAAUACGCAAGAUGAACUUGUUCCUCCUUGAACAAAUCCAAAAGUGCAGAAAAAUAAUCGUGCAUUAGCAAAUACAUAUCACUGCGUUUGAAAUGGCGAGAAUUUUGCAAACGCAAUAUUCAAUGUAUUAAAUGAAUGUAUCUAUAAAAAAAGCUGCGAUUACAAUAUUUAAAUAUAUCCAACAUUGUGAUGAACAUCCUUGACAGAGUGCAGCAGGAUUGUUAGGAAUAAAUACUUAACGGCCAUGUAAAGCCAUGAUUCACACGUGCAUUAAUCGAGCGUGCUAUUCAAUAUUCAAUGAAUAUAUCAAAAUGAUUUUGAUAUAUUACAAUAAAGAUAUCCAAUGUUACUAUAUUCUAAGAAUAUGAGAUUGUAUCAUCAGUACUAGUGUCAUAUUACAAUGCAUAUCAUAGAUCAAAUAUCGAUACAUUUUGAAAAAACAAAAACCACAAUUGUAGAUUUAACUCGAGCUGUCAAUUAUAUUUAUUUUAUCUAACAAAAAA